UUUUAUGACACAGUUGGAUUCACAAAGUGUAUUAAUAGUAUGCUAACUGGAAAAUGUAUGCAAACCGAGGCUACAUUUUUCAGCGAUAACGAAAAAAAUCACGCUAAGGAGGUUUUGCUGUAUUUACUUGGUGUAGAAAGAAAUUUGCCAUCACAGGUUGACACACGUUUGUGCAUAUGUACCUCCGCCAUCUAGUGGAAGAAAGCGGUAUUGUUCUGCUUAUCUCUAGUAGCUGGCAUAGCUGAAAAUUAUUUCUUGUGCUUAAUAAUCAACAAAUAAUCAACAUUUUUCACAAAUAACAACAAAAUGUAAACUUUUAACAGCAUAUAUGUUGCGCUAUUUUAUUUUCAUUAUUACUGUUACUUUGCAAUGUUCUGAUGUGGGCUUCAUGUCUUUCAUUGUAUUUUUAGAAUUGUAGAAAAAAAUCAAGCUGGGGACCAUGAAUGACCCCACAAUGACACAGUGGCAGUUGCUUCAUUACCAUCCAUGUUUGCAAAUACUCAAGUCUGGUUUGUAAAAGAUGACAAUCAGUUGGUCCACAGUGCUGAUGAACAUUGCGUAACACGCAGAAAAAGGUCAAAUUCCAUGGAGCAGUUUUCUACUUUUGCUGCUUCUCAGAAGUGUGUCAGCGACAGGACGGCAAGGCACAGAUGAAAAAUGAGUCCGUCCAAACACAUCAUCCUCGCUCACUCCAUCCCCCCACACACUCUGACUCGCAUGGUGAAGGAUUGGCUUGCAGAGGACACGCCAAACUUGGACCCGGCUGGGGUGUGCGUGGGCUCACAGGAAGUGGAGGCGAGAUUGCUGUGUAAAAGUUCACACAGUGUUUUGGCUGGAAGUCCUUUCUUUACCGCCGUGUUCACUGAGCUGGGCUGCAUCGUGGAUUGGAUGUACCAGGAUGGAGAUGAAAUUGGUCCGGAUGCUGUGACACUUACUGCCGUGGUACGAGGUCCGGCCAGAUGCCUCCUCUUGGGUGAAAGGCCAGCUCUUAACUGCCUGGCCCGGGCCUCGGGGAUCGCCACUCGAUGUUAUCGGCUCCGGAAAACGGCAACAGCGAGCGGAUGGCACGGAGAAGUGGCAGGCACACGUAAAACCACCCCUGGUUUCCGAUUGGUGGAGAAGUACGCCAUGCUGGUGGGGGGUACGUCCAUGCACAGGAUGGACCUGAGUGGAAUGGUCAUGCUGAAGGACAACCAUGUCUGGGCUUCGGGAAGUAUAACACAGGCGGUGAAAGCUGCUCGCUCAGUGUGUGGUUUCAGCAGUAAGAUCGAGGUGGAGUGUCGCUCCACAGAGGAGGGCAUGGAGGCAGCGGGGGCAGGAGCAGACAUUGUAAUGCUGGACAACUUCCACCCUCAGGAGCUCCAAACAGCAGCUGGUGCCCUCAAGGCGAGAUUCCCAGCUCUGCUGAUAGAAGCCAGUGGAGGAGUAACACCAGACAACCUUGGAAAGUAUUUCUGCCCACAUGUCGACAUCAUCUCCCUGGGCUGUAUCACACAAGGAUGCCCGGUUGUGGACUUUUCCCUCAAGGUUCAAAAUCCUGUUUUUCCAUCAGGGACUGCAGCAGCGGAGAAACUGCUGCCUCUCUUGGAAGAGACGAGGAGGCUGUAAACAAGAAGUCGAGAGGAUCUGUGAAGGCAGGAGAGGGUGCUAGAGGGUACAGUGAUGAUCCAAGAGGAGACGAGAAGGCCCCGCCAAUUCUGAAAGAGAUGGGCUGGCUUUCAUCCUUUAUCAAACACAGUCUAAUAAACAACAACGCUUUCUACUUCUUCUACGGUGUAUUAUUGUUCGAUUCCGUGCGGCACAUACACGAAUCAAGCACAACCCAAGCUUUACCGCGUCCAACCUCAAGUCUUUACUCAUGCAGCUCAACAUACCCACCAUGUUCAAAGAGAGAGAGCUUUUUUGUCUUUGGCAUCCAGAGAUCAUGACAUGUGAAUGCCUGACAGGAAAUCACAUUGAAACCACAUUUCUGCCAAGAUUUUGGCUUUUAAAGACUGUGGUCUUCUCAUGCUUCUUGACAAUAAAAUGCUUAC